GGAUAAUAGGCGGCACUUAGAAAUCAAAACUUUAAUACAAUUCCAAGAAUUUUUUUUCAAUGUACUUUCCUCACAUGGCCACUGUGGACCCAUUUUAUGGCUCAGUUAUACUUCAUUAACAUCUGCAGCUUAUGUAUGUCAUUACUCAUGUUGACAUCACAUUAACCCUAUUUUUGUAUUUAACAUUUGUGUACGUUAAACAUUGAUAGAAGACUUUACAAUUAUAUUUAUGUUGCAGUCAUUCUCAUAAGGAUAAAAUGCUUUUUGCACAUGUGCAGUAGCCCACAGCAACCAGCCAUAGAAUUACCCAUUACUCGUCUAAUGCAUGGUACAGUAAACUGUCUAUGCAAGCAGCAAUUUUACCAGACAGUUUGGUUAUUAUAUACCAGAUUAUCUUGUGUGGGUCCAAAAUUACCUGUGCCUGCCUUUAAUAACUGAUUAAGAAUGAUGGGAUGAUUAUUGGUACUGGUGGAGAAGAUGAGUUAACAACGAUUGAGAUCUGAGUGGUCACACAGGUGACGGCAUUAAUUGGUCUUAGAUCCAACCAUUCAAUUCAAAUGCUGGUAUCAUGUGUGGUUAAAUACUUUCCCUCAGCACAAUGGUGAAGCUGAUUCAUCUGCUGGUUUUGUGUUCACCGUAAUGAGACAUUUCUGAUUGGAGAUCAUAGACUAGUGCACAUUUGCUUUAUGUUAGCAAAUAACUAUGCCUGACAAGAUAUCCCUCUUCUCACAAAACGUCUCUGUCAUUUUGCUCUACACUAGCUUCCUACUCGAAGACUGGCAAGCAGCAUGCUCUGUAUGCUCAUUAAGGGGCAUUUAAUUGUGCAACUUAAAAAAAAAACCCACUUAUUUAUUUAGCCUUGUAUCCACCUAUGAGAAAAAAAAUAUUAAGCAAAUGCAUUGUGGUUGAUGAAUGGAAGCAUGCACAUACCUGCAAAGAAUGCCUUAUAACAGUUCUACUUACCAUUCAUGAACAGCUAAAGAAAAAGUCACUCUCGAAGAAUUAACAGGAUGCUUUCAAAUGAAUCUUUACACACCCCUGUGUUCAAUCGUUCUGUCUCAGAAACAUCCAAUUCAUCAAUGGAGGAUUUCUGGUGUGAACUCAAAAACAUCAAAGAGAGCAGGGAGAAUGGGUCAGAUGACAGCCUGUUAGUGGAUAUGAAGCCAGUGGAUGAGGGAGAGAUGGAGGCUGAAUGGCUACAAGAAGUGGGCUUGUCCACACUCAUCUCUGGCACUCAGGAACAUGAUGGCCAGGCCUUGUUGUCCACACUGACACGAACUCAAGCAGCUGCUGUACAAAAAAGAUACAAUACUUAUACUCAGACCAUGAGGAAAAAGAACAAACAUUCAGUGAGAGAUGUACGAGACAUCUUUGGAAUAAAUGAGUCUACAACAACAUUUGAUUCCUUACCGGUAUCUCCGCUUUCAUCAAAUGGGGUUCAAAUCCCCAUGAAAAAGUCUAUUUGGAAACCUGUCACUUCGAACAGCUGUGCAUUCGAAAAAAUCAGCCAAUCAGUUGCAGAAGAGCUGUCUUUUGAAGUAUCUUUCUCAGAGACUAUUGUUAUCGAUGAUAAAGAAAAGGAGAGGCAGAAGAACCAAAGACUGAAAAGGGAUGACUGUAUUUUGCCUAAAUUCAUUGUGUGGAAAAGUAGGUUUGGGCUUACUGAGGUUGAAGAUUUGUCUCAAGAAGACAUGAAGAAAAUUCGGUACCUCUCGCUAAUUGAAUUAACAGCGUUUUUUGAUGCUUUGGGAAUUGAAUUAAAGAGGAAUAGAGUGAUAAGAAUCAAAGGAAGAGAAAAUGGCCUUUUUGGAGUUCCUUUGACAACAUUACUGGAAAACGAUCAAAAGAAAGUGCCCGGAACAAAAGUCCCCUUGAUCUUUCAAAAGUUAUUGCAGCGACUUGAGGAGACAGGUUUGGAAACAGAAGGAAUACUGCGGGUACCAGGCUCUGCCUCUAGGGUUAAGAGCCUGCGUGAGGAUCUUGUAUCCAAAUUUUAUGAUAAUACUUUUGACUGGAAAAAUGUACGAAACAAUGAUGCUGCCGGUCUUCUAAAGAUGUUCAUAAGAGAGCUGCCCACCCCUUUGUUUACAAUUGAAUAUCUUCCAGCCUUUAUCGCCUUAGUGGACAAAAUCUCCAAGAUAAAAUUGCAGCUGCAAGCUCUUCAUCUAUUAAUCAUGCUUCUGCCAGAUGCCAACAGAGAUAUUGCCAAGGCAUUAUUGCAUUUCCUAAAAAAGGUUGUGUCAAAUGAAGAGAAAAACAAAAUGAGUUUAUGGAAUGUAUCUAUGAUUCUUGCACCAAAUCUAUUUAUUUGCAAAGGCAAAAGUGCCAACCAGGAGGAAAUGAAGGCAGCAGCCUCUACUGCACAUAUUGUUCGUCUUUUAAUUAGGUACCAGGACAUCUUAUGGACGGUUCCAUCUUUCCUGAUUUCACAAGUGCGGAAAAUGAAUGAAGCAGCUCUGCAUAAUAACAAAAAGCAGCUCAUAUUUGAUAAGAGUGUGCGGAAGCUGCUGAGGAGGAAGACCAUGGAGCGUGAGAGGCCUGAGAGGAGAGAGUACUGUGAUGUACCUGAAGGAGUGAUAAGAGUUUACGCUCCAUUGCACUCAAAGGUUUCCAUGGCAAUCCAGCUGAACAGUCGGACAAAAGCCAAAGACAUCCUGGCGCGGUUUCAGUGUGAAAACAGCCACGGGACACCUGACAAAUCACACAACCAAAGUUUAUAUGAAAUAGGAGGGAACAUAGGAGAACAUUGCCUAGACCCUGAUACAUAUAUGCUGGAUGUAUAUCAUAUUAACCCCCAGGCGGAAUGGAUUUUAAAGCCAAAAAACAGCUGAAAGUAUUGAGUACUCAGCAGACCUGCACACAACGAGCUCAGCAACAACCUGCACUGACGGAAUGUAUUGGACUGCAUGCGGCACAGCUGCUAAGCCUGGCAGCGCUCAGUGCGGUGGAAUGUACAGACCUGGGUACUACAAGUGUGAACACUAAGCCUGUGGACUUUGGAUGCAUGUGUUUUAUGGCAUACAAGUUAUGCAAAUAACAUAUCUUUCUUUGUAAGAAAUAUAACACUACCUGGAAACUGCCAGCCCGAGGGACCCACAGUCCUUACUACUUUAUCCCUCUACAAGUAUUAUUGCUGACACACAGAUGUGGUGCUGACAUCUCACUAUCUCUUUCUGCUGGACAGACGUUGAAACAACAGAGCCCUUUAAUAAUGAGUAACAUUUUUCUCGUUUAAAUGCUUUUCCUAAAAAAAUGUGUAUGAUGACAUGAACACUCUGUUUCUCGGAAGAAAUAUUUAACUAUUGUACGCUCAUUUGUAUAGGAACCACUACAUUUGUACAGUUACGUUUUUAUAUCUAUUUGUACAUACAGGAUACUGUAAUGCUUUUGUAUGUGUUUUACAUUUUUCUCCUUUCCACAUAUUUAUAAUAUGUGCAAAGCAUCUGUCAUUACUUCAGUAUUCACAUGUAAUAAUAAUAUGUUUAUGUGUUUAGAAUGCUAGGUGCCAUGCGUGUCUGUGCUAGUGGGAAUGUUAGGAAGGGAAAUAUCCAGACAUCUAGCCAUCUGGUAUAUUUAUUAUAGACUUUAGCGAUCAGUCCAGUAGUGUUUAUGAGGCUGCAAUACGCACUAUUAAUGCAGGUUUUUUAUGGAAAUUAAUUCACGUGUAUGUGUGUAACUUAUGACAAUCCAUGUUCAACAGCAAGGUGCUUUAUUUGCCAAAAUGCCUAAUUACUUCCCAAAUGGAAAAAAAAAUGAUUCCAUCAUGAUUUAAGUGGAUAUUUGCCAAUUAUUAUCCCUUUAACAAUUAUAUUUAGUACAGAUUAUAUUAUACUGGUAUAAUCUAUUUAUUUGAUGUAUUGUUCCAGGGCGCAAAUCUACCAUUAACACUCCACUGAGUGAGGUCUGCUAUGUUAUGCAGGACUUGUAGCAGCCACGUUAGGCUGAUGAUUUCUAUGUCUGAAUAUAUAUAUAUCAUUGAAUCAUUGCCUUCUCAGUGGCAAUGAUACUGCACUGUCACUACAAAUCUCCAUCACAUGAGCGUUCAAAGUGUAGGAAGAGGGCUUAAUGAUCCGUGGCUCGAGGCAUGGUGUGGGUCGCUCCUAUGGGAAAUCCCUGUCCUUUGCCUUCUAACCCAGAGUAGCGUCAGAGCUGCACACAGAAGUCCUGUACACAGCAUGUACAGUACAUGCAAUGACGAUGUCAGCAAACAGUGUACCCCUGCGCUGUAUUUUUGACGCAUUAGUGAUGUGAAUAGGACACAAAGAAAAAUUCUCUGGCAGGAUGCUUGGAAUGGUCACAAGUCACAAAGUUAGUGGCCAGGCAAAUAAGUCUGUUUGGCAUGAUAUAUAAGCAGCGCUGUAUCAUCCGUACAGUAUGGAACACAAUACUGUCAUAUGAAGUCUGUACUACGUGGCUUAGAUGUCUUAAUGUAGAUGCAUUUCAAUAAUUGCAAGUGCCUUUUUACUCUAAUAAAACAAAAGUGAAGUCA